AUGUCGGACAUGCCCGCUAGAACCUUUAGCGAGGCUGAUCGACAACAGCAAGCUCACUCCCAGCAUCGUUCGACUUCCCAAACAUGGUCUCCAAACGUCGACACUCCUUCUGCUACCAGCCCUGCUUCCGCAGCAUCGAAACGCUUUGCUGCUGCCGGCCCAUCCUCACCUCGAACACCUAUCAAAAGACCAUGGGAGUCCCCUCCACAGCGAUACACCAGUGCCGUUGGCCAGGAAUCCGCCGAGGAGGAUGAACUCAGUGAUGAAACUUCGAAUGCCUCGCUCGAUAGCCGCAAUCCACUGCAGGACCGUCGCCUCGCCAUGUCCAAGCGCAAAGACACCAAAGCCGUUCCUAGUGCACCGAGCCCCAAAAGAUCCAAACGGGCGGACGCGGAGACGUCACCUGCAGCAAGGUCACGUUCUGGUCAUAUGGAUCCAAAAGAAGCUCGAAGCCGGUCAUCAUCGCCAAGAACGCGCGUCUCAGCACCCUCUGCUGACCGUCCAGACCCAACAGAAGAUUCAAACCGGCCAUCUGAACGUGUACUGGCAAUGGACGAGAUCGACACGUUCCUCGACUUGAUCUAUAAGCAUCACCCAGAGGCUAUGACAGCUGAAAACAUGCGACAAAGUGUCGAAGCUCUCUACAGCGACUGGGAGGAGUACUGUGCCCGUCGUCAAGUGCCAGUCAAGUUGGCAAAGAAGCCUCUGAUGGACGAGUACCACAAGAUCUUCCACGGUGUCUAUGGUCCCGAGCAUCAAGCCAAGGCGAGAUCCAUCGCACACGAGCUCUCACAACGAUCGGCCAAAGCUUCUGCGGCUGAGGAUGCCGGCGACGAUCGAUCCACUCACCGACGAGACAGCUCGAGUCGACGUAGCCUGACGCGUUCAUCGACUGACGAAGAUAGCGACGACGAAGACGCCGGCGCUGGCGAUGCAGCGACGGGUGGCGAUGCUGAUGCUCCAAGUGCCCCACCGCAAGGCAGCAAGAAGAAGGCCGAUGCAGACGAAGCGGCGUCAUCGAAAAAGUCCAACAUCGCUCAAGUCGGUCGCAAUGGCCUUGCUGUGCUUCCUCCAGGUCUCUUUGACAUUCUACGCAACCAUCUUCGCGACGAUAUCCUCUCGAGCAUCAUGCCGUCCGUGCGCAACGAUCUCACCGAGCAGACGCGCGAGCUCUUCUUACAGAAUCAGGAUCUCUUCGGUCGCAUCAAGGAGAUGGAAGACCGCAUCCGGAAUCAAGAUCUCUGGAUCCGACACCUGCUAUCUCGAGACCCUGCCGAUCUGACUACGUCGCCAGUUGGAGCUCACAUGGGCGCUACUGGCCUCGCAAGCGCAAGUGUUGAGCCGGCUGCUGCAAAGGCUCGUCCGUUCUCGGCUUCUGCGAGGGAUCCAGCGAGCCUCGACAGGCAACCUCGUCACGGACCUUCCUCGUCGGAGAGCGAGUUGGCUGGUGGAGCACCUUCAGGCGACUACUUUGUUGGAGCUGGACCCAUGUCUCCCCGUCAUCCACCGCGAAACGAAGCAAGGCAGUUCGCGCAGCAGGGCAUGCCGGCUCCUCAUCCAUGGGAUGGACGGUCGGCUGCUCCGGGCUCAGGUCCCAGCGUCUCGUCUAAUGUCUUUGGUGCUGGCCGAUGGGAAGCUGACGUCCCUCCUCAAAGUACAUACAGGGAUCGUCCGCCUCACAAACGUCGGUCUUCACACACAUCCGAAGCAGCUCGCAGGCCCACCUCGUGGCAAGGUGAGCCACAAGGUGGUCGAGCUCAGCGACCACACCAACAUUUCGGCGAGCGGCAUGAGUUGCUAGAGGGUCGUUACGAGCCUCCUGCAGGCCAACAAUCCAACGAACCUCGAAUGUCUUUCAGCGAGCGUCGUCGGCUGAGUGCCUUCAGCAGUAGUGGUGGACCCAGUGGACCACGAGGCGGCGCAAUUGCACCGACUCCCCUGUCCACCGGGCCAGGUGGCAUGCACGAAGAGUUCCGUCGACCUGGACCUCCGAUGCACAUGCGAGAUUCGGCCAUGUCGCCCGCCGAGCCUGCUUAUAACACUCGUAGACCGCAUCUAGGAAUGCCGAUCAGCCACUCCGAGCAAUACCUUGGCCAUCCGGAGCCGAACAAGGCGCCCUUGCCACCCAGGACAGUAGGUGCUGGUGUGUCUCCAGAGAUCCAAAAGAACAAAAGGGGUCGACCAAGCAAAGCAGAGAUGGCAAGUUCAAGGGUGGACCCGAGUCAGAUUGGUCGAGGAACUUUCGGUGGCAGUUCGCAUCCUGCGUCGCAGCCUAGACCCUACCUGUCGUGA